GUGAGCUCCUCGACACACACAACGGAAACUCAGGACUGCAUCCUCAAGAUGAUGAAGCAGAACAACAGCAGGAACUGUGGCGUGACGUCACAGGUGCGACACAGGUGUGGCUGGUGCUGCCUCGGUCCUCUAACCUUCCACGUCCAGGCUGUGGGAGACAUGGUGUGUCUGAGCCAUGGCCACCGGCGAGCAGAGAGAAGCAAAACCACCUUCAGGAACGGCCUGGUGUUCAGCAGCCGAACAGUGAGGCUUCGGGAGAGGCUUCGCGUGAGAGUGGAGAAGGAUGUGUUGAUCUGGGAGGGGUCUCUGCGUGUGGGCUUCACCAACGUGUCGCCCUCAGGAAGAACUCUUCCUCUGCCCAAUUAUGCCAUCCCCGACCUGACCGGCACGCCCGGGCACUGGGCUGCUGCUAUUCCUGAGUCCUUCUGUCCAGCAGGUUCAGAACUGGACUUCUGGGUUUCUGCUGGUGGCAGCAUAUAUGUCUCAAACUGCGGCACAAAACAAAAGCUGCUGACAGGGGUGGACCUCAGCCGACCACUGUGGGCCAUGAUUGACAUCUAUGGACAGGCCUACUCCAUUUCCCUCCUGGGCUCAAAGAAGAAAGGACUGAUUUGCAGAAGAUCCUGUCCUGUACCUAAACCCCUCCUCUCAGACAGUGAUGAAGACACAGCCCUCCACCUCUCGGAAAUCUCUGAAGAUCGCUGUGUGGUGUGUAUGAUGAAGGCGGCCAAAGUCACUCUGUCUUGCGGUCACCGCUGUUUGUGCUGGAAGUGCAGCACCAAGGUGUCCCAGCAGUUUGGUACCUGCCCGCUGUGCCGACAGAAGAUCACAGCGUUCUGAGAGCAGAGGAGGAGAGUUUCUGUUCUGGUCUGAGCUCCAAGACUCCAGACAGAAAUCCCCAGAUGACCGUCUCACACUGACCCGAUGGUCCUGGAGGUUCAGUCGUUCUGGAUCAUUUGCACACAGCCUGAUCUCUGACAGAAGAUCAACCAGGGAACCUUGAAUGUGAUUUUCACCUCUCUAAAUAUGUGAAUGUUGUACAGCUCGUGUAAGAUAAAAAGCUCUGAGAUGUUGGUGUGAAAAUGAAAUAAUGUUAGUGAACAGUGACACCAGUUUAUCUCAUGUAAAUAUGUAAAAUACGCACUAUUUAUACAAAACGUUUUUUAAUUAUUGUGUACAGUGUAUGUAUUUAAUAUAUUUGUAAAUUUCUGAAAUUCACUUGUGUUUUAUGGGAAUAAA